GCUGCCUCCUUUUGCUGUGUGCACACAUUGCAGAGGUGGUGGUACAACAAUAGCCAGCUGCGGGUUGAGUGAGUGUGUGUCAGUUUGUGUGUGUGUGUGUGUGUGUUUGUGCAUGCCGCCGCUGGGUGUCUUCAGUCCGGCUUCACUGUAGACAACACAGGCUGGUCUGUCUGUCCGUGCUUUCCGGAAGAGAGGGUGUGACACAUGGGACACAUCUCGGGUCAGCAGCUGAUCUUGCCUCUCGUUUGCACAGAAAGCAGCAUGGAAGCCUCUCUGCGGGUGUGUGUUGAUAAUCGGCUGUGAGUGGAGAGGAUCAAAUAGGCGGGACAUCCCUCUCUCCGGAUCCCUUUCACUGGAAGGCGCUCACACACGCCCGAGCACUCGUUUGGCUUUGGUGGGAGGGUGAGCAUUGCGACCGGAGGCUGGCCGAGGUCACAUUGAUGCUGGUGGCCGCUCCCUGGUACUGUCCCCGCCACUGUCCCCGCCACCUGCUCCAGCGCUGCCCCCACCUCCCUGCCAACCCACCAUGGCUAUGAGCAGUGACCUGGGCCGUGAGCGGCUGGACCCCGACUCUGACAAACAGACCAGCAAUCUCACCGACAUCAUGAGUGCCAUGACGACAAAAGACUCUGAUGGCUCUACUACCAACGGCGUGAGGAAUGGUGGGGCUCAGCAGGAGGGGGUUCAGACCAAGAGGACCCACGCUUUGCGACCUCACUUGACUGGAAGGAAGUUGUCACUGCAGGAGAGAGGCACCUACAAGUCGUCAGGAGGAGGGUACACGCACAUUUCCCCUCGUGUGGCUCGCAGGCCCACCGUGGAGUCCAAACGUGUGUCCAUAUCAGACGCCCAGGACUGUAUCCAGUUGAACCAGUAUAAGCUGAAGAGUGAGAUUGGAAAGGGCUCCUACGGUGUGGUUAAACUUGCCUACAAUGAGGAUGAUGACAAACAUUAUGCCAUGAAGCUGGUGUCCAAGAAAAAGUUAAUGAAGCAGUGUGGUUUUCCACGUCGACCACCCCCAAGAGGACCCAAGGCGGCUCAAGGAGAGCAGCCCAAAAUCUUAGGACCCCUGGAGAGGGUCUACCAAGAGAUCGCCAUCCUCAAAAAACUGGACCAUGUCAACAUUGUGAAGCUAGUGGAGGUACUGGAUGAUCCAGCGGAGGACAACCUUCACAUGGUGUUUGAGCUGAUGCCGAAAGGUCCAGUGAUGGAAGUUCCCUCAGAUACUCCUUUGUCGGAGGAGAAGGCGAGAUUGUAUUUCAGAGACGUCAUCCUGGGCAUAGAGUACCUGCACUACCAGAAGAUUGUCCACAGGGACAUCAAGCCUUCUAACUUGCUCCUGGGGGACGACAGCCACGUAAAGAUUGCUGAUUUCGGGGUCAGCAACCAGUUUGAAGGCAACGAUGCUUUACUGUCCAGCACUGCUGGCACUCCCGCAUUUAUGGCACCAGAGACCCUUUCAGACGCACGAAAGAGCUUUAGUGGAAAAGCACUGGACGUGUGGGCCAUGGGAGUUACACUUUACUGUUUCGUUUUUGGAAAGUGCCCCUUUAUUGACGACUACAUAUUGGCUUUGCACAAUAAGAUAAGGACCAAGCUUGUGGAUUUCCCAGAAACACCAAAUAUCAGCGAAGAGCUGCGGACUCUGAUCCUGCGGAUGCUGGAUAAGAACCCGGACACAAGGAUUACCAUUCCUGAGAUCAAGAUGGACCAGUGGGUGACCAAGGGGGGCACCGACCCCUUGCCACUAGAGGAGGAGCACUGCUCCGUGGUGGAAGUAACAGAGGAGGACAUCCAGAACUCAGUCAAGUUUGUUCCAAGCCUCUCUGCAGUUAUUUUGGUGAGAGCCAUGUUGAGGAAGCGCUCCUUCAGUAACCCCUUUGAGUGUCCAAGCAGGAGAGAGGAGCGGUCCAUGUCUGCACCAGGCAGCCUGCUUAUGGAUUCCUGGCCCUUCCGGCCCUCUUUUAAACUUCACCCCUCACUCAGAAAGAGCAGCACAGGAGAUGGACCCAGAGAAGGAGAGCUGGAGGACCUGCAUGAAGACGAGCCCUCCUCUUGAGUCAAAAUGACAGUCAACAGUCAUAAACUCCAUUCCAACACAUAUCCCUCUGCUUGUAAAACCAGUGUACUCUCACCUUUAAUCUGCUGAGUGACUCGAGUUCACAUUCAGACUCGUUUGCUUGAGCUUGCUUACGAUUUUAUCUUUUUCUUUUUCCUUCCUGAUUUCCCCUAUUUGCCCUAUUUUCCUUCUACAAUGUGGAGACUCUGAGCAUUUAGUUUGUUCUUCAAUGUCGCUUGUUUUAACUGCUCUCCCUCUUCCUGAUGUGACUGGCAUCAGUCAACCGAUAUGGGGAACUCUGCAUCAUUACCAGUUGAAAUGACUGUUGACACAAACAUGUUUAUCAGCUGGCAUUACACUGUGAUGUGGGAAAAAAAACUGUCAAAACACGUCUGCAUGGAUGAAUAUUUAAAGCAUCAUCAUCAGACUGUCUAUAGCCUGCCUGACGAGAAGAGUAAUCCUCACAGCAUGUAAAUGGCAUUAGGUUGUCUCCUCACUGAACUACAGGAUUGCUUUUUCUGAUAUUGUACAUAGAUGCCAUCACUAGCUUUUGUUUUAGAGCUUGGUGAUUGAGUCCCUUCUGUGCUACCAGCCCAGCUUGUUGGAUUUCUCUGACAGGUAGUCAGCUGUCUAAGGGUGAUUACAGGGACAGGCCAGCGACUUUACUACGCUCCAAAGCGUUUCAAAGUUACUUUGCUCGCUGUGUUAUUUGAAACUCUUUCUGUUAGAAGUCAUUUCACGCUUCCUUUUCAACUCCUUUGUGUCUGAUAAUUGUUCUCCUGCCCCGUCUCGUUCCUGCCAUAUCCUGUUGCUGUUUGAUCCAAAGUGAAGUCAUUGCAACAGAGGUCGGAGCAUUUGGUAGUGUUGUUUGAUGGUGAGUCAGCACAGACUAUAAUUUCCCUUUUUAGUAAUCCCAUUCUUGGAUUCAGAGCUGAUUUGAAGGCAUGAAUAACUGUAUUGUGCAAGUUAAACAUCAAUGAGUGCUCUUACAGAAGAAAUUGAAAUAUCCAGGCUAAGGCACUGUACACAAAUUAUUACUGAAGGGGAGGUCAGAAAAGUGGCAGGGUUUUUUAUGUUUCCCUUUUGCUUAGGAGUGGUUAGUCUGAAUGUUUGGGAGAAAAGGAGAAGAGUCUUUUUAUUUUCUAAUAUCCCAAAUGUAUAAUUCAGUAUUCCCUCAAGGGAAGAGUCACAGCAGGUUAUGCAUGCAAAAUGUUAUCCCUACAAAAAGUAAUAUUCUCUUUUACUUUCUUAUUCAUCAUAACAAUAAUGUGUUCAAAAAUAGUAGCUGCAUCAUAUAAUGUCAGACAUUUUAUUGCCAUACAUUCCAUAUAUUGAGAAAACAAUUCUUCCUUAAACACAGAUGUGAUUUAAAUAUAUUUUAUAUACAAAUUGACUGAAUUUAAAUGAGAUUUAAAUUAGAUUACAUCACAUAGAAUUAUUGAACAUUUAAAGCUAGGGUCCAAAUUAAAUAGUAAUUAAUGCUGAAAGGGUUGUGUGAUUUAGAAAGAUAAAAUAAUAGAUUUAUACGAUCCCAGUAAUCUUUGCAAGGUCCCUAACUAGUUUGCCUGGCUGACAUUUCGAAGGUCAAACUAGCCCCGCGUGUGUAGAGCUGGGUUGGCUAGUGAGUCAGCAUUCUAACGGUGAGAUCACAAAGGUCGGCUGGUAUCAAAUAUUAUUAAUUUCUGUGAUUGAAGUCCUUUGUUUGCCAUUAAGGCUGAUUGCUAAACUUCAAAAGAAGUGAAAUCUGUGGGCUGCAGUUUCUACUGUCUCAUAUCAACGAUGGAUCUCUUCCUCCCCCGUAGCUCUCCUUCAGAUUAUGUUUGUACAACUCCAUUUUGCCUUGGCCUGGGUCGACGCUCUGUGAAAGGGAGCGUGCCUGUCUGGCAGAGUGCUCUGAGCACUUGAACCGCAGUGAAAAGAGCAUUUCAAUGUCAUGAUUAGACCCAGACUGCCAACAACAACACACUCACAAUCCAUCCACUUCAGUGCUGUCCCCGGUGUGGCUGAUUAUAAACUGGGGGGGUGAGUGCAGCGCUUUGCAUUUCCUGUAUUAAACUAACCCUCAGUAUCCGCAGUAAAGGAUGCAUACUGAAACACAGAGAGCAGAGAGGGGUCGGUAGAAAGUGUUGCACAUAUUGAGCCUCUGUGUUUAGAGAUGUAUGUUCACACAGUCAGGAAAGUAAUGCACAAAAACCAUGGGUUCUUGGGAAUGUAAAGCUUUAAAAAUAUUUGUAUUUAAUUGUUCUGUAAAAAAAAGUCUACUUGUUUUGAAUGUUGUAAAUGAGGGCUUCUUUAUUUAAUGCUGUUUUUAUUUAUUUUUUGCCGAGGACGGUGUAAGUGUAAGGAGGCACAGAGAUCUUUUUACAGCUAACCUUAAUUGAAAGGCUGUUUGAACCAAAAAUAUUAAAAUUGUAUGUAUUGUGGUGAGGGUUUAUAACUCAUGACAUUCUUUUGAGGUUUUCUUUAAGUAUAUAGGUGUUGCCAGCUUUACAUUUGUGUGUUUGUACUGACAGACAGUCGUCAGCGCCAGAGCUGCAAUAGUGUUAUCGUCUUUGUCAUUUCUGCAUUGUUAAAAAAAAACUAAAAUCCUGCUUAUAUUUGAAUAUUUGCACAUUUUCACUUACAGAAAGCAUAUUAAGAUUAACAAUACUGGUAUUUGUACAAUUUACGAGGGAAAAAAACCUGUGGUUCACCUGUAAAAGACCAUACUAACUGUGUAUGUCCUCAAAGUCUCCCGUGCUUUUGAUAUCAAUCUGCAUGUCAAAGCAUUGCUCCUUGUUUUUUGAUUUUAUUUUAUUUUUUUUUACAAAUGAAACUAAAUAUUAUUCAAUUUUUCCAGUAAUUUAUUCUCCUGUCUGUUUGAAAUUGCUGUAACAGCUGCAGUGACAAGAUGUGCAUGUCCACAUAGCGACAGGAAUGGUGAAUUUUGUGUAACUGCAGCUAGGGACUUGUGGAGUUUACUGCUGUAAUGAUGAAGAAUACUAAACACUGUCAUCCCCAUUAUAUGAGCAGGGCUCAGAGCACAGAACAGCUGGAAACAGCGGCUUUAUGUUCAAAAUCUCCAGAGACACAGUGAGGGAUGAUCACUAACUUGCCUUCAAGAUUGAACAUUAAGCCUCGAGCUAUAAAAGCAACCUGCUCCCACUUAAUCAACCACUAACAGCCUGUUUAUAUGAAUUAUGACCUCUGCAAAGGGGUAAUUAACCCUAAGCAAACCCUCUUACGUGCUGUGCUGUUUAUAUAUAUUAUUUUGAUUGCAGUGUUGGAAAGAUGCUGAUCUUCUUUCCACACAAUGGGACAAGAAGGGUCAUAACAAAAAAUAAAUAUGUUUUAAAAAUUGUACAAUUAAAUGGCCAUAACUUGAUUGUCACCUGUAUGACUCUUUCAAUGCUGCACAUUUCAUCUCUGGAGAAUGCCUUAAUGCUACAAGGUGAUGGGGAUUCUAAGAGAAUGUGCACAAAUGUUUUAGUUUUGACGCAGAUACGGGUCCAGCUACACGCUUCACUUUGUGAUAUAGGAGGUUUGCAUCCUCUCUUAAGCUCAGUGUUGUUAUGUAGUGAAAAAAAAUCAAUGGGUGCAAUUGCAGCACUGAAAAUGAGUCACAGAAAAAAUUCUUCAUGAUUUCAGGUCAUUGUAUCCAAAGGAGGAGUGUGUGUGUGUGUGUACAUAUUGUUUAGUCAGGGAGGAUUUAUACGGCUGCUGUGUAUUUAAUGUGACUGUCCUGAUGUUUGUCCUGAAGAUGCCUGCUGUCUCUGUGUCUCGUGUUGUCUCGUGCAUUUCUUCUGAAUGUACUCUCGCUCAUCACAAAUUCAAAAACAGAAGCAUGGCACAUCCCUAUGGAAUGCAAUGUAAAUAUGUACCAAUAAAUAUGAAGAAGCUAUUUUUUUGCAUGCUUUUUGUAAGCCCAGACAUAAUCAGAGACAAUAAAAAAUACAAUCUGAGUUA